UCUAUAAAGGAGCUCUCCACCCACGUUAUUCCCCACACAUUUCCAAAAUGUUUGCCAACGGAUGGAUUCUGCUGGCGAUGCUCUCUGUUUUGAGCGUCCUCCUGCUCUGGCGACGGAUCAGGGACAGGCUGCGCCGAAACAAGUGGCUCGCGCUCAUUCCUGGACCGUCGGCGCUGCCAAUUUUGGGCAACACUCUGGAAAUCAACGUAGCUCACGAUGAAAUUUUCACAAGAAUGUCGACGAACAUGCAAAUUUGGGGUGGUAUGGAAACUGGGAUCAACAGAUUUUGGCUCGGAAGCCAGCCCUACGUUUUCUUGUAUAGAUGCGACACGGUUGAACCAAUUUUGACAAGCAGCAAGCAUAUAGAAAAGAGCUACGACUACAAUUAUUUGCACCCAUGGUUGGGCACCGGGCUUUUGACCAGCAAAGGUCAGAAAUGGCACUCGAGAAGAAAAAUUUUGACGCCAACCUUCCAUUUUCGCAUUUUGGAAGACUUCAUGGAAGUUUUUACGGAACAAAGUGACAUUUUGGUGCAAAAACUAGAGAAGGAGGUGAACAACUCGGGCUUCAACAUUUUCCCCUAUGCUACCCUGUUCGCCCUUGACGUCAUUUGUGAAACCGCCAUGGGCAUUCGGCUGAACGCGCAAGACAACCAGAAUUCGGAAUACGUGAAAGCAAUUUACGAUCUUGGUGACAUUAUUCUGACACGACAAGCGCGUAUUUGGUUGCAGAACGAAAAGAUCUUUCGAUUUUCAAAGUAUUUCAAAAAGCAUAGUGAGUGCAUAAAAGUUUUGCAUGGAUUCUCCAAUAAGGUCAUUCAGGAAAGAAAGGAAGAGGUUCGCCAGAAAAAGCUGAAUGACGCAAACAAAAUUGACGACGUUGAUGUAAUCGGAAUAAAAAAGCGACUGGCGUUUCUCGACUUGCUGAUUGAAGCCUCUAAGGAUGGCGCCUAUUUGAGUAAUGAGGACAUUCGCGAGGAAGUGGACACUUUUAUGUUUGAGGGCCAUGACACGACUUCUGCUGCGAUUAGUUGGUGCCUUUUCCUUAUUGGCUCGGAUAUGAAAAUUCAGGAGAAGGUUUACGAGGAGAUCGAACGUGUCCUGGGAGAUGAUCCGAUCACAAGCAAGGCCUUGGCUGAGCUGAAGUAUCUCGAGUGUUGCAUUAAGGAAGCUCUCAGAUUAUUUCCGAGCGUGCCGAUGCUUGGCAGGAUCUUAAGGGAGGACACUAAUAUUGCUGGAUACUUAGUUCCCGCUGGCACAACAACCGCAAUCAUGGUUUAUGUGAUGCACCGAGACCCAAAAACCUUCCCCCACCCUGAGGUUUACGAUCCGGACAGAUUUCUGCCCGAAAACUGCUUGGGCAGACAUCCUUAUGCUUACGUCCCAUUUAGUGCUGGACCCAGAAACUGCAUAGGUCAAAAGUUUGCAAUGCUUGAGGAAAAAUGCGCCAUUGCAACUGUUUUGCGAAACUACCGAAUUGAGGCGGUCGACAGACGAGAGAACCUGGUCUUGCUUGGGGAACUGAUCCUUCGGCCAAAGGAUGGGCUAACAAUUAAAAUCACUCCAAGAAAAUCAAAUUAAUUGUGGAUCCCAAUUUA